AUGAUAUAAUUCUAUUAGUAUCCUAAUAAUGCAAUUAAAAAAUGUUAAGAAGAAUCAAAUUUAGAGUAAAAUAAUAAGAAUUUACAGUAUCCUCUUAUGAACGAGACUUCUAGAGGAUAAGGCUUGAUCAUAUAAAAUGCACAUUCUAUUCCACAUACUAUUGGUUAGUUUUAAACAGAAGAUGAAGAAGAAUUAAAAGAUAAAAGUUGUGAGAUUUAAUUAUCUUCUGAAGAGACUCUUAAGAGUGUAGAAUAUUAAGUGACUAAUAUUUGUCGAUUCAAGGCACAGUGCUUUGAAGCUUUCUAUCUUUUAGGGGAAAUCUUCGUAGAUUUUACCUAAAAAGAGAAGAGCUUAGAAGAUAAAACAUCAUUUUGGAACUAAUGCAAAUAAUGGACACAAGGAGUUAUUGACUUUGAUAAUAGGAUAUUGACAUUUUAACUGGAUAGCAAGACAUAACCUUUGCAAGAUGUUAAUAAAUACAAAAAAAGAUACCUUUCAUAUCCUGAUUAAACAAUACAUAGCUUAUUUCAAAUCAUUGAGUACUACUUAAGUGUUUAGAAUCAAAUUUUGCAAAUGUAGAAAUUAUAUUGUUAGUAAAUAAAAUAAAACGAAAAUCUGUAAGGCGAGAUGUGUAUAAGGAAGAUCAUGUUUGACAAUUAUGUUAAACAAUAUUUAACAACAUUUUAGAAAGAUGAAAUGUACAUAGGAGCCAAUAUAGGUCCAAACCUCGAAAAGGAGUGUUUUUUAAGCUAUAAUACAUUUGUUAGUGAAGCAUUUUGUAUGCUGUUAGGUAGAUCUUUAAGUUAAAUGAAUGAGCUAUACUAAAGAAAUGGAGGUUAUAAUUAUUUAGACUAUGAAUCAAACAUGGAAAUUAACAAAAAAGUAAUUAAAAAAUUGCUGAUUGAUGUGUAUAAAUUGCCAAAUCUUCCUGAAUUUAUUACAUUUGAAGAUACAAAUAAACCCUUUAAAUUGAAAUUCAUAACUUAUGACGAAAUGACCUUUUAUGCAGAUGUAUAACUUAAAAUUCUUUCAUUACAAGAUAUAAUUCCUCAGAGCUCGGUUGAAUUUGUGUCAGACUUUUCUAUGGCUUUAUUAAAAAUAGAUGUCUCAGCCACCACUCUAUAGUAAAUUAUUAGCCUUAGACAAAAUAGUAUUUAGUAUGAAAGUGAUAUAGAGUCAAUUAACUACUUAGAAUAUACUUUAUUAUCUGAAAUCUUUUAGAAAAAGAUGGGAGAACUAAAAAUUUAAAAGUAUUAAAAAAAAUAAUGA